AUGUUAACAUUAGUUAUUGAAUUUGGUCGUCAACGACGAAAAUUUGAUUUAAUACAUCCAAUAGAUAUUAAUUUACUUGAAAAUCAAAUAAAAUUAGCAUUUAAUAUUGAAGAUCAAAAUAAUAAUGAUUAUAUUAUACAAAUAUAUGAUGAACAAAUAAAUGAUUAUCUUGAUUUAACACCUGAUUUAUUUAAUUCAACAAAUAAAAAUUUACUUAAAGGUCAAAUUAUAUUACGUGAAUUAAAUUCUUUUCAAUUUCAACCAAAAGUAACAAAACAACAAAUUGUUGGUCUUAUUACAUUAGAAUCAAUUGAAAAUUCUCUUCAAAAAUGGUCACAAUUACUUCAACAUAUUCAACUUGAAAUUUCAAAAGAACUUGAAACAGUGAAAGAAACAAUCAUUGCUGUUAAAUCUCAUUAUAAAUUAAUUGAUGAAUCCAAUACAGAAGAUAAUUGUCCUGCUUAUCCAAUAACAACAGAUUGUUCUUCACCUUCUACUGGAUCUCAAAUUGUAAAUAGAAAUCCUUCACCAAUAUUUAAUUUCAAUUCAAAUAAUUCUCAAUUAAAUCGACCAAUAAUAAAUCUUGAAGAAAAAGAUUCAUCUAGAUCAUUUAAUAAUGGAACAUGUUUUAAUCAACAACGAUAUCGAACGAAUAUUAAAAAUAAUCGACGAGGAACAUAUAAUAAUAAUACAAAAAUCUCAACAAAUAGAGAAAAUAAUUUUUAUUAUCCUCCAUCACAUAUUCCAUCGAAACCAAUUGAAUAUAAUAUUCCAAUAACAGUUACAUAUCAACGUUUUCAAAGUGGUGUUGAUUUUCAAGGUCAAUUAUCGAAAUAUUAUAAUCCAACAUAUUUUUUUCUUCGAAUUUCAAAUCAAACAGAAUCAUAUGAUGAAAUGCACAAAGAUAUUAAUUUAUAUUAUAAUAGUAUUGAUUCAAAUCAAAGUUAUUUUCCUCAAUCAGGAGAAUUUUGUGUAGCAAAAUCUCUAAAUGAUUCCAAUUGGUAUCGAGCUCGAAUUAUACGACUUGUCGGUAAUGAAAAAGCUCAAUUAAUAUUUAUUGAUAAUGGUGAAAUAAGUGAAAUCAAUGUCAAUUUAAUUCAACCAUUAAAUAGUAAAUUUAGUGAUCGUCCAGCACAAGCACUUGCUUGUACACUUGCUCAAAUUUUACCAUUUACACAAAAUGAAAAAUGUGGAUGGAAUCGACGAGCAUGUAUGAGUUUAGAAAAUGCUAUGAAAAAUGAACGAUUAACAACAGGAAAACUUUUAUUAAAAGUAACUGUAGCUGAUAAUAAUCAAGCUAAAUGGCCAAUGAUGUUUAUAAAUAUAUCAACAGCAACUGUACCUAAUUUAAGUGAAUAUAUGUGUGAUUUAUAUUUAAGUCGUCGAUGUUUAAAUUUAGAAAUAAGUGAAUAUUGGUCUUUAAAAAUUCGUCCAGAACAAUAUGCUUUGUUCAAUUUAUCAUCAUUAAUUAAUCAAAAACAAUAUUUUAUUUUCAAUAAUAAUCAUCAAUCUACAUUGUCUUUCGAUCAAACUAUUGAUAUGAUUACCAAGGAUCCAGAAUUUAUUUCUCGUCAAUAA